AUGUCGCUGUUUAAAGCUAGAGACUGGUGGUCCACCCUGCUUGGAGAAAAGGAAGAAUUUGACCAAGGCUGCCUGUGUGUUGCUGAUGUUGAUAAUAGUGGCAGUGGGCAAGAUAAAAUUAUUGUGGGCAGUUAUAUGGGAUACCUCAGAAUCUUUAGUCCACAUGCUGUAAAACCUGGAGAGGAAGUACAACCUGAAGACUUGCUCUUGGAAGUGCAGUUACAGGAACCAAUAUUGCAGUUGGAAGUGGGAAAAUUUGUUUCUGGUACCGAAGGACUUCAUCUGGCUGUGUUGCAUCCCCGGAAACUCUGUGUAUAUGCUGUUACAGGGACUUUGGGAAAUGUGGAACAUGGGAACCAGUAUCAGAUUAAACUGAUGUAUGAGCACAAUCUUCAGAGAACUGCUUGUAAUAUGACUUACGGUCCGUUUGGUGGUGUAAAAGGUCGAGAUAUGAUAUGCAUACAGUCCAUGGAUGGGAUGCUCAUGUUGUUUGAACAGGAAAGCUAUGCUUUUGGCCGUUUUUUACCAGGUUUUCUUCUACCUGGUCCCUUGACUUACUGCUCUCGGACAGAUUCUUUCAUUACAGUGUCAUCUUGUCAACAGGUUGAGAGUUACAAAUACCAAGUGCUGGCAUUUGCGACAGAUGCUGAUGAAAGGCAAGAAACAGAACAGCAAAAACUUAGUUCUGGAAAGAGACUUGUGGUGGAUUGGGUGUUAAACAUUGGAGAGCAAGCACUGGAUAUAUGUGUUGUCUCCUUUAAUCAGGCAGUGUCUUCUGUUUUUGUGCUUGGUGAGAGAAACUUCUUUUGCCUUAAGGAUAAUGGGCAAAUUCGGUUCAUGAAAAAGCUUGAUUACAGUCCAAGUUGCUUCAUUCCUUAUUGUUCAGUGAAAGAAGGAACAAUAAACACUCUGAUUGGAAACCAUAGUAAAAUGCUGAAUGUUUAUCAAGAUGUUACACUGAAAUGGGCCACUCAGCUUCCCCACAUUCCUGUAUCAGUAAAAGUAGCAAAUUUACAAGAUUUAAAGGGUGUUAUAGUCACUCUGAGUGACAGUGGGCAUCUUCAGUGUUCCUACCUUGGAACUGAUCCUUCACUUUUCCAGGCUCCUAGGGUUGAUUCUAGGGAAAUAAACUAUGAAGAAUUAGAUGCUGAAAUGAAAGAGCUUCAGAAAAUCAUCAAAGAGGCCACAGAAACAGAUAUUUUGCCCAAAUCUGAAAUACAAAGAGAUGUAAUUGUCACAGCAGAAGUUUCUCCUGAUUUGGAUGCAGAAUCUCAAGCCAUUGACAGUGAGGUAAAAGCAGAGGCAGUACCAUCAGUCACAGUAAAGAUUACAAUACAGAGCAGAGUGACUGCGCAGAAACCAAACCUGGCAGUAUGUGUACAAGCUCCAUUAGCAGUGACCUGUGACCAGUUCAUCUUUGGUGAUUUAGAACCAGAUUCAUCUGAAACUGUGGUCCUGUCUGUCUUUUUGAAGGGGAAUUGUUCUCCAUCAGAACUAGAAGGAAAUUGUCUGGUUUCAUAUAUCACACCAACAGAGCUCAAUCCUGAUGGAAUACCAAAAGUUGCACAGUGUAACUUCAGGCUGCCUUUGCGGUUAAUUUGCUUUCCAGCUCAGCCUUCAAAAGCAGCAAGCCACAAGCUAACUAUUGAUACCAAUAAACCUCCCGUCAGUUUUCUCACUAUUUUUCCAGACUUUGUUGAUCCAUCUGAGAAUGACCAGGUGAAUAGUCUGGGGUUUCAGUUUUUAACUGGUUCAAAAACCACUCUUCUUGCUUCAAAAACAUCGCAACGAUACAGAAUCCAGAGUGAUCAGUUAGAAGACCUUUGGCUGAUAACAAAAGAGCUCACGCUUCGACUUGAAGAACAUUUCAAGAAGCAAAAGUGCAAAGAUUUUGCAUGUACCUUUUCUGGUUCCAUUCCCCUGCAGGAAUAUUUUGAACUAAUUGAUCGACACUUUGAGUUACGUUUGAAUGCUGAAAAGUUUCAGGAGCUGUUGUCUGAAAGGGCUGUGCAGUUUCGAGCUAUUGAGCGGCGAUUGCUGACACGAUUCAAAGACAAAACUCCUGCUCCUCUUCAACAUCUGGACACCUUGUUAGAAGGAACAUUCAGAGAGGUAAUAGCUCUAGCAGAUGCAGCAGAAGAAAAUCAAGCCAACAUGUUCCAGGCAUUCACAAAGUUGAAAAGUGCCACCCAUCUGCUGAUUAUGCUGAUUAGUCUGUGGCAGAAGCUUAGCACUGAUCAAGUUGCUAUUCUGGAAGCAACGUUUUUGCCAUUAGCAGAAGAUACACAAGAGCUG